UAUAGAUGUCAAUGACAAAGCUCCAGAAAUAUCGGUUUCAUCACUGAUGAGUCCAGUGAAAGAGGACGCUGAAAUAGGCACAGCUGUUGCCAUGGUGACUGUCACUGAUAAAGAUGGAGGCAAAAAUGGUCAGACAAACUGUAAAAUUACAGGUUCUGUGCCAUUUAAGUUAAAAUCUAACUAAAAAAACUAUUAUUCAAUGUUAGUUGACGGACCUCUAGACAGAGAGAGUGUUUCACAGUUUAAUGUGUCAAUUACAGCUGCAGAUGAAGGAACACCCUCUAUAUCAAGCACAAGCGUCAUAACUGUUCAAGUUUCUGAUGUUAAUGACAAUCCUCCUCGAUUCCUGGAGCCUCUGAUUAAUGUUUAUGUGAAAGAGAACACCCCGAUUGGAACCACUAUUCAUACACUGACGACAUUAGAUUCAGAUUUGAAUGAAAACGCAAAAGCAACGUACCACUUAAUAAACAAUUCCCCAAAGACCACACAGAUAGCUUCAAUGGUGAACAUCAACUCAGAGACUGGAGAUAUAGUCAGCCUGCAGUCUUUUAACUAUGAGGAGUUGAAAACGUUUCAGUUUAAAGUUCAGGCCACAGACUCUGGUGUUCCUCCGCUCAGCAGCAAUGUGACUGUCAACGUUUUAAUCCUGGAUGAAAAUGACAAUAAUCCAACAAUUCUCGCGCCAUAUUCUGAGCACGGCUCCGUUAACAGUGAGAGCAUCCCCUAUUCUGCUGAAGCGGGAUACUUUGUGGCAAAGAUCAGGGCUGUAGACGCAGACUCUGGAUACAAUGCGCUGCUCUCUUAUCACCUCUCUGAGCCCAAAGGAAACAACCUCUUCCGCAUCGGAACCAGCACCGGAGAAAUCAGGACUAAGAGGAGAAUGAGUGACAAUGACCUGAAAACUCACCCCUUGGUGGUGUUGGUGUCUGAUAACGGAGAACCCUCCCUGUCAGCUACUGUGUCUAUUGAGGUGGUGGUGGUUGAGAGCACAGCUGACAUCCAGACUCAGUUCAGACAUGUGCCCAUAAAGGAGGACAGCUUCUCUGCGCUGAACCUCUAUCUGCUGAUCGCCAUUGUGUCGGUGUCAGUCAUCUUUCUGCUCAGCCUCAUCAGUUUAAUAGCUGUCAAAUGCCACAGGACAGACGGCACUUUCAGCAGGUACAGCGCCCCAAUGAUCACCACCCACCCUGACGGGAGCUGGUCUUACUCCAAAGCUACUCAGCAGUAUGACGUGUGUUUCAGCUCAGACACACUCAAGAGUGACGUAGUGGUUUUCCCCGCACCGUUUCCGCCUGUUGAUGCUGAGCUGAUCAGUAUUAAUGGAGGAGACACUUUUACCAGAACCCAGACUUUACCCAACAAAGAAAAGGUAGGCUAUACAUUGCAGUCGAUGCUUCAGUAA